AUGCACAGUGCACUCCAUUUGACUACCCACAUAUUCACCACUCCCAACCCUGUCCCCAAACCUACUGCUGUGCAGCCUGGGGUUGCAUACCAUCGCCUAGAGAUUCCUGAGUGUAUGGGCAGACUGCCAUCUGGUGUUGACCUUGGAAUUUUGGGUACAGAGCCCAGACAGACAACUGAAUAUGACUUACUGCUCCUCAUGUGGUCAAAAUUAGACCAUGAAGACUACUUAUCAGAGCUACUCAGGCUGGAAGUGACUUGUCAUGGAGAUCACCCAUUGCACCAUGUGAGGGAGUGGAAUGGCAGAUACUUCACAAGCAAAACAUUGAAGGAGUUGGGCUUGAUUGUGCAGUUGGGCCAUCCUAUUGGCAAAAGGUGCUGCAGGCCCCAGUCUGUCCUGAAAGAUGAGUUUGUUGUUAUGCACAGGAAUGGGAUUCACAUUGUCAGCCUUACCUUCUAUAAUACUGAAUUAAAUCCACCUAAGGCUCAUUACAAACAGUUUUUGAGAAUGGUCCAUCAAUGGUGCCACCUCAAGAUGCUCAAAUGUUCAGGACAAGGACAUGAUCCUGCUGGUGUUUUGAAUACAAAAGAAGGCAAAUGUGCAGUGUUAUGUGCAGUGUGCCCUCAACCCAGGAAGAACAUGAUGGGGUCACCAGAAAGAUGUUGUGCAGUCUCAAAUAAUGAGAACAAUCCGAGCCUCAGUCAGGGCUGGGCAUAUUCUGUGGAGGACACCAUGUUCAAGAGAUACUUAAGUGACCACUGGCAUGAUAUCCAAGAGAAAAGCAUGUGCUCAAAUCACAAUGCAGUGAAUAUGGCAGAUGCGAAGUCAAAGAAGGGUUGUGAUGCAACUGGCAUUGGCAUGGUUGUUUGUGCCAGGCAUGGCAUGAGGCUCCAAAAUGGGAUAGUUGACCUACAAUAUGGUGAAAGAUAUGUGAAUAUGGACUAUGCAUUUGCAUCUGCACUACACCACUCAGAUGUGACUGUCCUCAAAGUUUCAUAUGACAUUGCCUGCCAGUGGCACAAGAAGUUAUAUCAGCAGAUGGACCAGAUGCCACCUUCUUUACAGUCAAACUUACAUGAUUGGGCUGUUACAUUUCUCAUACCCAAGUUUCACCUUCCUGCCCACAUCACCUCAUGCAAAUGGUCCUUCUCCUUCAAUUGGACCAAGGGUGUUGGUCAGACAGAUGGUGAAGGACCUGAGUGUAGAUGGGCAAACCUUAACCUGCUGCUUCAAGCAUGA